AUGAGGGACUGGCAGCUUGAUUUCCGCAAAGAAUCGUGGGGCUCCCUGGGCAACGCUGCCCGGGGCCGACUGUCCCGCGCGGACCGGCAGCAUCCCCUCCGACAGCGCGGCCGCUCCUCGCUGCCGCCUCUCCCCGACGGCGCCGAGCCCUGCCGGGAGGCGCCUCGAAUGCCCGUGCCCGGACAGCCGUCCCGGAGACGCUCCCGCUCCGCUCGGUGCCCGUCGGCCCUCCGGAGCCGUGCGCUCCCGGCGGCGGCGGGUCCGCGGCGCCCCGACGGCAUUGGGGACAGGGACCAGCGGAGAGGGGCGGCGCGGGCCCCGCCCGAGCGGCGGCUGACGCUCGGCGGCAUCUACCGCUUCAUCACCGAGCGCUUCCCCUUCUACCGCGACAGCCCCCGCAAGUGGCAGAACAGCAUCCGUCACAACCUCACCCUCAAUGACUGCUUUGUCAAGGUGCCACGGGAGCCCGGCCGCCCCGGCAAGGGCAACUACUGGACGCUGGACCCCCACGCCCGCGACAUGUUCGAGAGCGGGUCCUUCCUGCGCCGCAGAAAGCGUUUCAAGCGCAGCGACCUCUCCACGUACCCGGCGUUCCUGGCCGAGCCCCCGCCGCUGCCCCACGCCUACGGCGCCGGGGGGCAGCUGGGUGCCGCCGAGCCCGCACCGAGGCACGGCACCUACCCCGGAGGCCCCGACAGGUUCGUCCCGGCGCUCUGA